ACAUUUCGUCCUUGUGUUUGUUUGUUUUUGCUUCGUCAACAUUUGCUCUCUGCCGCAGCCCGCCUGUGUUCAAUUUCUCCACUUAAUCACACGCACUCUCCCUCUUCAUCGGCCUCUUCUUCUCUUCCUCUCCUCUCACGGCAGAGAGCGAGAGCGUGAGGGGGAGCUGUUGGUGCUCGACCGGCAUGGCGAAGGGAGGCGUGGAGGAAGCCCUCCUGCUCGCGAGCCGCGACGAGGGCCUGGGGCUGGGGGUGCGCGACGAGGUGAAGAAGCAGCUGUGGCUGGCCGGGCCGCUCAUCGCCGGCGCGCUGCUGCAGAACCUCAUCCAGAUGAUCUCGGUCAUGUACGUCGGCCACCUCGGCGAGCUCGCCCUCGCCGGCGCCUCCAUGGCCAGCUCCUUCGCCACCGUCACCGGCUUCAGCCUCCUGCUCGGAAUGGCGAGUGCGCUGGACACCCUGUGCGGACAAGCAUACGGAGCCAGGCAGUACCACCUCCUCGGCGUCUACAAGCAGCGGGCAAUGGUGAUACUCACCCUCGUCAGCAUCCCGCUCGCCGUGGUGUGGUUCUACACCGGCGAGAUCCUGCUCCUGUUCGGCCAAGACCCCGACAUCGCGGCGGAGGCCGGCACCUACGCCCGGUGGAUGAUCCCGGCGAUCUUCGCCUACGGGCUGCUGCAGUGCCACGUCCGGUUCCUGCAGACGCAGAACAUCGUGUUCCCCGUGAUGGCGAGCGCCGGCGCCGCCGCGGCGUUCCACCUCCUCGUCUGCUGGCUGCUCGUGUACGUCGCCGGGAUGGGCAGCAAGGGCGCCGCGCUCAGCAACGCCAUCUCCUACUGGGUCUACGUGAUCGUGCUGGCGGUGUACGUGAGGGUGUCGAGCUCCUGCAAGGAGACGUGGACGGGGUUCUCCGGGGAGGCCUUCCGCGACGUGCUCAGCUUCUUCCGGCUCGCCGUCCCGUCCGCCCUCAUGGUCUGCUUGGAGAUGUGGUCGUUCGAGCUCAUAGUGCUCCUCUCAGGCCUUCUUCCCAAUCCAAAGCUGGAGACUUCGGUGCUGUCCAUCAGCCUCAACACCGCUGCCUUUGUAUGGAUGAUCCCCUUUGGCCUCGGCUCGGCCAUAAGCACCCGUGUCUCGAACGAGCUCGGCGCGGGGCGCCCCGACGCUGCCCGCCUCGCGGUGCGUGUCGUCGUCUUCUUGGCCGUGGCGGAAGGACUGAUCAUGGGGUUGGUGCUGAUCUGCAUCAGAUACGUGUGGGGGCAUGCCUACAGCGACGUGGAGGAGGUUGUGACUUACGUUGCCUGGAUGAUGCUCAUCAUCUCGGUCUCCAACUUCUUCGACGGAAUUCAGUGCGUCCUUUCAGGCGUGGCUAGAGGCUGUGGAUGGCAGAAGAUUGGUGCUUGGAUCAAUCUUGGCGCCUACUAUAUCGUCGGCAUCCCCUCGGCCUACCUCAUAGCCUUCGUCUUCCAAGUCGGCGGGACGGGACUUUGGCUGGGCAUCAUCUGUGGCCUGAUGGUGCAAGUCCUGCUGCUCAUGGCCAUCACGAUAUGCACAGACUGGGAUAGAGAGGCGGAUAAGGCAAAGGACAGGGUAUUCAGUUCUUCUCUCCCAACAGAUUUCGCAACUGAAGACAAUGCAAUCUAGAGUUCUAGACUACUAAGCGAACAAGCUAGGAAACGAAGAUGACGCAAUUCCAUCCAGGCUACCGGACUACACAAACUAGGCUUCAUGUGCUAUUCCAUGCAGCCUUCAUAUCGAGGAUCACUAUAUCAGAAGUAGUGUUCUUCACCUGAAGUGUGUGAACGUUUGUUCAUGUCUACAGCUUGGUAUAGGUCAAGAAAAACGUCUCUAUAUCAGAAACAUGGGGGAGCGGUCUCAUGAUGAACCUGUCUCCAGCUA